CACCACUACACCCUCCAUCCACCAAAUACCACCCACCCACCAUGGCUGACCCCCUCCCCCACGUAUCCAACUGGAUCAACGGCGCCCACGCCGCCGCGACCCCGCAACGCAUCACCGUCCUCAACCCCGCAACCUCGACGCCCCUCGCAACCAUCGACGCCACGCCCGAGACCACAAUCCACAGCAUCAUCGCGCACUCGCUCACAACCUUCCAAACGGGCACCUGGGCGCGCGCCUCCGCCACCACGCGCUUCAGCGUCCUCACCAGCGCCGCGCGCCUCCUCCGCGCGCAACUGCCGGAGCUGAUCGCCCUCGAAACCGCGCAAACGGGCCGGCCGAUCCGGGAGAUGCGCACGCAACUCGCGCGGGUCCCGGAAUGGCUGGAGUAUUUCGGGGCCCUGGCCCGCACACACGAAGGCAGCGUGCCGCCGUUCAAGGGUCCGGGCGUGGUGAACACGCUGACGCGGCAGCCGCUGGGCGUGGUGGCGCUGAUCACGCCGUACAACCACCCGCUGCUGAUCGCGACGAAGAAGCUCGCGGCGGCGCUGGCGGCGGGCAAUGCCGUCAUUCUGAAAGCGUCGGAGCUGGCGCCCUUGUCCGUGCUGCGUCUGGGCCCGCUCUUCCAGGCGGCCGGGCUGCCGGACGGGGUGCUGCAGAUCGUCAGCGGGUAUGGGGCGGACACCGGCAGGUUUGUGUGUGAGAGUCCCGCGCUGGCGAAGAUCGAUCUGACCGGGGGUCUGGCGACGUAUCGCGCCGUCGCGGCUGUCGCGACGCCGAAUCUCAUCCCCAUUACCGCCGAGCUCGGCGGGAAGGCGCCGGUGUGUUUGUUUGCCAGUCUCGAGGUCGAGACGGCGGUGCAGGCGGCCUUGUUUGCGGGGUUUAUCGCCAGCGGGCAGACGUGUGUCACGGGGAGUCGGCUGUUGGUGCAUCGGGAUAUUUAUGGGGAAUUCAAAGAGGUGUUGGAGCGAAGGGUGCGCGCGUUGCGGGUCGGGGAUCCCACGGCCGAGGCGACGCAGAUUGGGCCGGUGAUUUCGCAGGCGGCGGUGGAGAGAUGCACGGCCUUUGUGGAGAGGGCUGUGCAGGAGGGGGGAAGGGUUCUCUGCGGUGGGGGGCGUGUGGCCGGCCAGAAGGGGUUCUAUUUCGAGCCCACGGUGAUCGAGACGCAGGCGGACUCCGACCUGGCGUGCAACGAGGUCUUUGGCCCCGUCAUCGCGUUGAUCAAGUGCGAGUCCGAGGAGGAGGUCGUGCGCAUCGCCAAUAGUACGGCUUACGCGCUGGGGGCCUCGGUCUGGACGAAUGAUUUCAAGCAGGCGCAUCGCGUGGCGGACCAGAUCGAGGCUGGGAUUGUGUGGAUCAACGGCCAUCAUUUGAACGACCCUUCGUCGCCCUGGGGUGGGUUCAAGGAGAGUGGGAUUGGCAAGGAGAAUGGCCUGGCUGCCUACGAGAGCUAUACCAAGCUCAAGAGUACGGUCGUCAAUUAUGGGGUGCCGCCGGUUUGGUUCGACGACGAGCCCAAGGAUGCGCGGUAUGGCUAGGGGUGAGACGGUGUCUGUGCCUGUAGAUGUUAGUUUGAUGCUGGGUUGCAGGUCUACAAUGCGAUUCUCGUUCGAUGAAG